AAUACACUUCCGGCUCCUUGCCAAGUAAAAGAUGGCGUUUCUAGAUGUUAAAGUAAAUGUCUGUUCAUGUUGGCCAGUCUUUCAUCCUUUCUCUCCCUGCAGCGGCUUCGUUUACUCUUUCCGCUUGGGUCCUCACCAGCUUUUAUGACCCAACGAGCCCGGCUUGAUACGCCAAAGGCCUCUCAACCGUUGACCAUAUAUACACAACAUAUUGUAUAUAAACUAUAGCAUAUUGUAUAUUUAUUAUAUACAUAUACAUAUAUGUAUACAUAACAGACAGUUUUAUUACUCUUUCUGAAAUAUAAAUUAGUGGAAGUGAAUUAUAUUUCUUCUCCCUAACCAACCAUCCUAAACUCCAAAGAAAACAACACUUGUUUUUUUUAAUUUCUUCGAAGUCGGAGUUGACUUGGACGCCGAAAUUUAACGUAACCAUGUUUGGAAACUUAUUCGAUGAAGAAAGCUAUCAAAACCCGCAGGAAACACAUACCCCUAAUCAACAACAUAUAUCUUGUUCGGGUGGUUCAACUUCGGGUGAUACCGAACUGAAAGCUCCGUCAGUGACUUCACCACCGCCUCUAGCACGGCCGCAAUGCCGUCUGGCUGGACUUGGCAACCAAGGAGCCACCUGCUACUUGAAUUCUCUCUUGCAGACUUUGUUUCUCACGCCGGAAUUUAGAGAGAGCCUUUUCAGCUUGGGUGAAAAUGAACUUGGAAAACUAUCAGACCGCAAUAACCCUGAUGCUAAGGUUCGUGUUAUUCCUCUGCAACUACAGCGUCUCUUCACCCAGCUGCUAUUUGCAGAUCUUCGCAGUAUCUCUACAGUGGAACUGACUGAAAGUUUUGGAUGGACAAACAACGAGGAAAUGCAGCAACAUGAUGUCCAGGAACUUAACCGUAUUCUGUUCAGUGCUAUUGAAGACUCUUUGGUUGGUACUUCUGGCCAAAAUCUUAUCCACAAACUCUACCAUGGGCAAGUUGUCAACAAAAUCAUCUGUUCUGAAUGCAGUAACAUCAGUGAACGACAAGAAGACUUUGUAGAUAUUCCAUUGAGUGUAUCUAAAGACUCCAGCAGUUUGGAACAAGCCCUUUCUACAUUGUACUGUGAACUAGAGACCAUGGAUGGAAACAACAAGUACUAUUGUAACCCCUGUCAGAAAUUAGUGAUUGCCAAAAAAGGUGCCAAAUUACGUUCCCUUCCUCCUAUCAUGAGUUUUUCUCUGCUUCGAUUCAGUUAUGAUUUUGUUAAAAUGCAACGCUUUAAGGAAACUGGCAAAUUCACUUUUCCGAAAUUCAUUGACAUGUCAGCUUUUGUGGACUCACCCUCCUCUGAUGAUAGUUCUGAAUAUGAACUGUUUUCCUUAGUUAUUCAUCGAGGCAGUACCCAUGGUGGCCACUACCAUGCUUAUAUCAAAGACAUUGAUGGGCUUGGUACUUGGACAGAAACGUGUAAGGAGGUUGUGGUUCAUCAGUCCUCUUCUAGUCCAGCCCUGGUUAGUACCAAACAGAAAGAUGUUAAUUAUCAAGGGCUAUUUAACUCCCACAAAGCUGAAGGACCUGCUUUAAUGUUGAUGAACAUAUUGUUGAAGGCUGACAAUCAUACCCUACCAGUUGAUAAACUCUGUAUGGAGUUUGUAAAAUAUUCAGGUGUUUCCUGGAACAAACAUUUCAAGAAACAACAUGGACCUAUAACUCAGUUCCUGCAUUCCCAUUCCGAUAAGUUUGAUUUCAAUGCAGACAACACUUCUGUCUCCCUGGUCUCCAGCCCACUCUCAAGCAAUGACUCACAAUCUGAGUUUCUACAAACUAAUGGAUACACAACCAGCUCCUCUGAUUUCAGUGCCUCUCUACCCAAGAAGUCACAGUCAGCUGAGGGGACUCAGACUACACUGAACACCGGUCUUAGUUCCAAUUCUGAUGUUUCACCCCCACAAGGACCAGAAGCUCCUGUACCUGAUACCCCUGCUGUACCAACCAGGAAACCCUGCAGUGGUUGGUUUGAUUUUGAUGACUCUGAUGUGAGCCCCAUCAAUGAAGCUGACAUUGAGAAACAGUUUAUGGGUCGCGAAAGUGCUUAUAUGCUGUUUUACCGUAAAACCUCCCACCGGCCACCCUCAGCUUGGAGCAACCCUGCUUACAAGGUUCCUGGUUAUUUACUGCAGAAGGCAUUGCUCGAUAAUAAAAACAUUGAAAAGGAAAGGUUGACCUAUGAUAGCUCUAUACACCAAAUAGCUUUACAGAUCCACUACUCCUGUUACUACGAGUACCGAGACGGAGCACUUCAUCCUUGUGAAAACCAUCAACCUUUCCAGUCCCUGGUCAUGGAUAAACGGAAAACUGUGGCUGAAUUGAAGGCUGCUGUGACAGAGUUGGAUCAGAAGGCUGUCCAAGGACCAGACAUACAUAUUCAUCGAUUGAAGAAGCUUGUGGCUGGCUGUCAUUUGUAUGAACAUUUAUCUGCUGAUGAUAGCAAAGUGAUAGAAAGUUUGCCAAUCAAAUAUGGUACCAAGUUGUUUGUUUGGGAUGGGAAACAGGUUCAGAAGCAGGAGAUACCAGUAGGUAUAGAGAGUGAACCAAUUCUGUUGACUGUGAUAUAUGGUAACCCUCUCCAGUUUAGCCAUGCCUACUCCAAGUCUCUGUCUAUGGCUGACUUCAAAGUUCUGGUCAGUCAACGAACUGGCGUCUCGGUCAAGAAGAUUAGCAUUAAGAAACUUCAACAAACAGGAAGCCAAGUGUCUGCCAUUGAGAUCUGCUACAGCAACAACAAUAGCAAUGAGGACCAAACCUUGUCUGCUCUUGGACUUACUGAUGGAGAUGAGUUGGUUGUGGAGGACAAAUUCUGCUCUGGCCCAAGUUUGACAGACUGGACAAUUACAAAAAGAAGUAAGCUACUUGUAUCUGUGGAAAAUUGCUGUCAGCAAUCCACAAGUUCCACUGUGAUGGUUGAGACCGACAAAGAUAUGCUUGUAUCUGAGGUGAAGGACAUUGCUUUAAUCAAACUAGGGAUUAAUAAACCUCUAGAUGAAACCUGCCUCUCCAUUGAGAAAGACCUGUCCAGCAGAAAGCUACCCUUGUGGGGAGAGGACAUGAUCCAGAAUGUUUUGGCUGGUACUGAUCAUCAGCUCUUCUUAGAAGAUAAACCACAGCUGCGCAGAGAUGAGAUCACAGUGUUUGUUGGGUUUGGUGCCAGUUUGACCACAACUCAGGCUGAUUUGGAACUGACUUUGGCCAAGGAUGAAACUGUUGAAGGUUGUAUUGGAUACAUUGCUUCCAAAUGGGAUGCCCUCCUACCUGUGGAAGGUUGGCAUCUCCGGAAAGUCUCAUGGUGUGGUGAACCAUCCACCAUAUUGAACCAGCUGUGGGCAACUCUGGAGAGUUGUCAGGUAAACCAUGGAGAUAGAUUGCUCUGUGAACGAGGAAAACUGCCACAGAAGGGUAACAUCCUGAUUUCAGCCUGGUUAUUCCGGACCAUCGAUGAUGAGCAAGCCGGAGUGCUGUCUUGGCUCACCAUCACAUUCCAAAGUUUGUGGAAUGGCAGUGAUAACAAAGCUGAGAAAGACAGCCCUAUAUUCCUGGAUAACCUUGAAGUGAGCAAGAUGAGUACACUUGAGGAGCUUAAGGUUCGACUGAUGGAACUGCCCCAACUGGCUAGUGUCAACAACUAUUAUUACUUACGGUUGAAGGUGAUGGAGGAAAACGAGAUGAAAACCAUCCUGAAAGGUCACAACAAUACCAUUCAAAAUUUGAAGCUUCCAGACACUUGUCAGAUUGGAGUUCAAGUCCUGGCAAAAUCUGAAAACUUAAGGCCUGAAGAAAUCUUACUGACAAUUAAACAGCGUUUGUGUGACAGUCGUGAAUAUAAGGACCCUGUUGAGAUGGUUUGGGACACUGGCCAAGGAAACUCUGUUGACCACCUGAAAAGAACCAUUGCCAAUUUUCUCUUGAUCCCGGAAAAAGACGUGCUGCUGGCCAAAUACUUCCCUUCAAAGUGUGAGUGGACUGUGCUGAAGGACUCAAAUACACAACACAACAAUAAGAAAGGGACAUCUAGAUCUCGUCGUAAAAACCAACACAGAACUACACGUACCCAGUGCAAUCCUUACUGCAUCAAAGAUGGAGAUUUGAUUGCUGUCAAAAACAUCUCAGAGGAAACUGGUGAACUGAUGGACUUCUCUACAGCCAAAGAUGAUGAGAACAAAGCAGAAAUGAAGCUUCAAAAUGGUCAUUCAAAGGACGAAUCAUCCAAUAAGAAGAACUGUGGAGUGGCUUCUGCCAGUAAUCAAGACAACAAAUCAGCAGUGACUAAGUCUCGCAAAGCUUGCCCUGAAGUUGGCCUUACUAUCAAAGUGGAUAAAUUUACAUAAAAUCUUCAACUUUCACAUUCUAUCACUCAAUUCUUUGUUAUUUAUUUUUUCCCUUAAAACCCCUAAUUUUGUUCUCCUUUGUAGGGGUUAACAUUUUGUUUUUAAUAAACUCUUUGUCAAUGAUAAUGAAUGGAAUGGACUUUUCCCUUCCCUCUCUUUGUCUCCCACUCCUAUUGAUUGCAAGAGUUGUUUUGAACUGGGAUCAAAUCUGUUCCCUUCUCCCCUAUAAUGUGUCCCCCAACACCUACUGUGUUUGCUGUUGGCCAACAUUUUCUGAUUUUUUUUUUUCCAAAACAUAUUUUUUAAUAAAAACCAAAAAUAUAAAUUCAUGUUAAUAAAAAUAACAUC